AUGUCGCUCUUCCGAAAGUAUUUCUACAGAAAAGCUCCGGAUCGGAUCGUCGAGAUAUCCGAGCGUGUAUAUGCUUUUGACUGUUGUUUCUCCAACAAUGUUAUGGGAGAGGAUGAGUACAAACAGUAUCUGGAUGGCAUCGUAGCACAGCUGCAUUAUCUUUACCCGGAUGCCUCAUUCAAAGUGUGUAACUUCAGAACAGAAGACCAACAGAGUCAAUUAUCAACACUAUUGUCUCAAUAUGGCAUGUCGGUAAUGGACUAUCCUAAUCAACACGAGAGUGUUCCGCUUUUACCUCUCCAAGUGAUCAGCCAACUCCUAAUAUCAAGCGAGAGCUGGUUAGGUCAACAGAAUGUUCUCUUGAUGCAUUGCGAAAGAGGCUGUUUGCCUCUUCUUGAUUUUAUGUUAUCAGCAGUAUUAUUGUACAACAAAAGGUAUCAUGGCGAUCAGAAGACUCUGGAGUUGGCAUAUAACCAGGCUCCUAAGGAGCUUCUUUGUCUUUCGUCUGCUCUAAACACACAACCUUCUCAACUAAGAUAUCUUGGGUACAUAUCCACAAGAGAUUUAGGCUCUGAUUGGCCUCCUCCAGAGGCACCUCUUCUUUUGGAUUGCUUGAUUCUCAGAGGUCUCCCACAUUUUCAAGGGGUAAAAGAUUGGAGACCAAGUUUAAGGAUUUUAGGUCAGGACCAUAAAGCCCCAGCAAACAGGAGCUCCAUACUUCUCUUUUCCACACCAAAGACAAAUACCUUCUACCAACAAGAAGAGUGUAUCCAGGUGAAGUUAGAUAUCCAGUGCCAUGUUCAAGGGGAUAUUGUUCUGGAAUUAAUAAACUUGCAUGAUGAUUUGGUGCGUGAGGAGAUGGUCUUUAGAAUCAUGUUCAACACAGCAUUUGUACGUGGUAAUGUUCUAAAGGUCCAAAGCGAUGAGAUGGAUAUACUUUGGGAUGCCAAGGACCAGUUCCCAGGGGAAUUUAAGGCAGAGGUACUCUUCUCUGACCCCUUGGUGCCUGUUACUGAAACAGCUCCCCCGAUGCGUAGAGGAGCCCCACCACCUCCAUUUGGGUCUGGUGGACCUCCUCCUCCACCACCACCAUUUCCAUUUAGGUCUCGUGAACCUCCACCACCACCACCUCCUCUGAUGCGUAGAGGAGCCCCACCACCACCUCCAUUUAGGUCUGGUGGACCUCCGCCUCCACCACCACCACCUCCAUUUAGGUCUCGUGGACCUCCGCCUUUUCAUUGGGUUAUACCAAGGAGGGUCAUUUUUGUAAGCUCAUGGGAGGAGAUACCACAGAGACAUGAGGAAGGACAAACUGCACCAGAGUUUGAUGUAUCAGAAAUAGAGACUCUUCUCUCUGCUAGAGUGCAAAAACCGGCUGAUAAUGCCCCGCCGCCGCCACCACCACCUCCCCCAAUGCACAGAGGAAUAGGAUGUGGUCUUCCACGUCCAGGUUUGAGGUCUUCAACUCAAAAGAAGUCUUCUCUUAAGCCUUUUCAUUGGGUUAAGAUAACAAGGGCCGCGCGGGGAAGCUUAUGGGACGAGUUUCAGAGACAUGGGGAAGGACAAACUGCACCAGAAUUUGAUAUAUCAGAAUUAGAGACCCUUUUCUCUGCUAAAGUGCAAAAACCGACUGAUAAAUCUGGAAACCAACCGGUUUGGGCAAUACCUGAAACAAUUCAACUGAUUAACCUUAAGAAAGCCCGUAACGUGGAAAUUAUUCUUUGGAGAUUAAAGAUUCCGCUGCGUGAUAUUAUCGCUGCAGUUCUGGCUAUGGAUGAAUCUAUAGUAGAUAUUGAUCAAAUAGUUAAUCUUACGAAGUUUUGCCCAACCAAGGACGAAAUGGAACUUCUUAUGAACUACAGUGGUGACAAGGCUACCUUGGGAAAUUGUGAGCAGUACUUCCUAGAGCUCAUGAAGGUGCCAAGAGUAGAAUCCAAGCUGAGAGUAUUUUCCCUCAAGGUUCAUUUUGGCACUCAGAUAUCAGAACUCAAACAACGUUUAGAUUUGUUAAACUCUGCGUGUGAUGAGGUCCGUUCUUCACAAAAGCUAAAAGAAAUUAUGAAAAGGAUUGAUUACCUAGGGAACACAAACCAAGGACCUGCGAGGGGUAAGACCAUUUCUCUGCGUUCUCCAGGCGUUGCUGUGGGAUUCAAGUUAAAAAAUCUAUUAAAAGUAGGCCACACACGUGGUGCUAGCAGCAUGCAACAUCUCUGCAAGGACCUUGCUUCCAAGGAAUCAGAUCUAAUGGACUUCCAUAAGGAUCUUGAAAGUCUUGAAUCAGCUUCAAAGAUACAACUGAAGUCGCUGGAUGAGGAUAUGCAAGCUAUAAUCAAAGGAUUAAACAUACUGAACCAGGAGCUCACUGCAUCCGAAAGUGAUGGUCCUGCUUCAGAAGUAUUCCAGAAAUUACUGAAGGAAUUCGUUUCAAUUGCUGAGACUGAAGUGGCAUCUGUAUCAAGUCUUUACUCCGUUGUGGGAGAGAAUGUUGAUGCACUUGUGUACUACGUUGGCGAGAAUCCCAUACAUUGUCCAUUUGAACAAGUUACUGCAGACCUCCUGAAUUUUGUAAGAUUGUUUAAGAAAGCACACGAAGAGAAUGUCAAGCAAGCAGAGUUGGAGAAGAAGGAAGCUGCUGAGGAUAAGAAACUGAAGAAGGGAAAAGGACUCAGUCUCACAAGAAAAGUGAUUGACCCUGACAGAGCCGAUAAUUUGGAAAUUAUGCUUUGGAGAGUAAAGAUGCCACUGCCUGAUAUGAUGGCUGCAGUUCAGGCAAUGGAUGAUACUGUAUUAGAUAUUGAUCAGAUAGAGAAACUUAUAAGUUUUUGUCCAACCAAGGAAGAGAUGGAACUUCUUAAUAACUACACUGGUGACAAGGAAAGAUUGGGAAAGUGUGAGCAGUACUUCCUAGAGCUAAUGAAGGUUCCGCGAGUUGAAUUGAAGCUGAGAGUAUUUUCUUUCAAGAUUCAAUUCCACACUCAGGUAACAGAAUUAAGGAAAAGUUUAAGAGAAAAAGACAAAAAUAGCACUAAAUCAAGUUUAUGUUCCCAAACUAGCACUAUAUUUUGGAGAUUUGCCCAAAGUUUAAAUGCGGUAAAGUCUGCAUGUGAGGAGAUUCGUUCUUCGCAAAAGCUGAAAGGAAUUAUGAAAAGGAUUCUUUACCUGGGGAACACACUGAACCAAGGAACUGUGAGGGGCGCUGCAGUGGGAUUCAAGUUGGAAUGUUUAUUAGCAUUAAGCGAUACACGUGCUGCUAACAGCAAGAUGACUCUCAUGCAUUAUCUUUGCAAGGUCUUUGCUUCUAAGGCGUCACAUCUACUGGACUUCCAUAAGGAUCUUGAAAAUCUUGAAUCAGCUUCAAAGAUACAAUUGAAGUCGCUGGCUGAGGACAUGCAAGCCAUUAGCAAAGGGUUGGAAAUGCUGGACCAGGAGCUCACUGCAUCCGAACGUGAUGGUCUUGUUUCUGAAGUUUCCUAUAAAAGGUUGAAGGACUUCAUGCGUAUUGCUGAGACUGAAGUGGAAGCUAUCAGCCGUCUUUACACUGAAACGGGAAGGAAUGCUGAUGCGCUUGCGCACUAUUUUGGCGAGGAUCCCAGCCGCUAUCCAUUUGAACAAGUUACUGGGACUCUUGCGAAGUUUGUAAGCUUGUGGAAGAAAACACACGAAGAGAAUGUCGAGCAAGCAGAGCUGGAGAAGAUGGGAGCCGCUAAGGAAGCGAGGAUGAAGAAAGCGAAAGAACAAUUCGGUUCACACUAAA